AUGGAAUCAAUGCGACGUCGUUUUAGAAUCCAAAACAAGAACAUAUUCCUCUCGUAUGCCCAGUGUUCUAUUCCUAAAGAGAGAUUGUUAGAGAAAAUUAGAGCGCUGUUCACCACCAGGGGUCCAAAUUAUGUGAGGGUUGCACAUGAAUUACAUGAGGAUGGGCAACCACAUCUCCAUGCUCUUGUCCAGUUCCCAUACCGUUUUCAGACGCAGGAUCAACGGUUCUUCGACGUUACCCACGAUCGAAAUAGUCGCUAUUUCCAUCCGAAUGUACAAGGGGCAUACAACCAACAGAAUGUGCUGGAAUACAUCUCCAAACACGGGGAUUACACGGAAUGGGGUGAAUUCCGUGAGAGGAGCCGCUGCGCUAACCAGAAUAACAAAGACAAUAUAUAUCGGGAUGCACUUGCAGCCGGCACCAAGGACGAAGCACUAGCACUGACACAGUAUGGGUCGUUCCAACAGCAAUACAGCAAUGGGUUGCAGACAAUAUAA